AUGGAUGGUGGUGACCGAAUAUUAGUUGCGGCGGGCCUCACGGCGGCGGUUGUUGUUGGUGCAUUCGUGCUGUGGGGUCCUGGUGGCGCCCCUAAAGUCCGCAAACGUAGAGGACAGAUAGCUGGCUUACAAAAUCUCGGCCGGACAUGUUUUCUAAAUACUUUGCUCCAGGCGCUUGCGGCGUGCCCUAGUUUUAUAGAGUGGUUGAAGAAAUACGCGAAAGCUGAUGGACAUAAUAGCAUGAUUACAACUCUGUAUACUGUAAUAGAAGUUGUCAAUGGCACUCAUGAGUCAGCUCGAGGGACACCAGUGUGUCCCCUUGGUGUCCUACAAGCUUUGCGAGCAGCGGGUUGGGUUGUGCCAGCCGAUCAGCAAGAUGCCCAUGAGCUGCUGCAUGUACUGCUCACCUGUAUUGAGGAGGAAACUGCUGCUAUGGCAAAAAAGCCUGGAUGUCUAUCAGACGCCUUAGGACUGGGCGGCGGAAAGGCCUGGUCCGCCCUGGCGUCUCCCGCGUCUCCGCCCUCGGGCUCCUUCGGCCCGCGACCCGCAAGACCGGCCUCCGCCGCUCCGGCUACCGAACCGGACUCGACCGAUCCAGACGAGCCCGAGACGGAGCCUCCACCUCUGCGCAAGGGCGUGUCGCGGUCCUUCUGUCAGCUGAGCGGCCUGGGCCGCCGCUGGGCCUGCGCGCCUUCUCGGCCUGCGCCAGCGCCGCCCUUCAACGGCACGCUCGCGUCGCGCACUCACUGCACCGUGUGCUCCACGAAGAGUCCAAUUCGCUACGACAAGUUCGACAGCGUGUCGCUAUCUAUGAGCGACGCCGGCACCGGUCCGGCCGGGAGCUACGCCUUGGCCGGCCUGCUGCGCGCCUUCACAUCCCCGGAGAUGGUGAGCGGACUGAGAUGCGGGCGCUGCGCCCCCCGGGCCGACGGCGCCGCGGACCAGACUACCAAACACAUCCGCACGCUCAGCUUCGGCAAGCUGCCGGCGUGCCUGUGCCUGCACAUCUCGAGGGUGGAGUGGGGCGUCGGCGGCCUCAGCAAGAGGGGCGAGUUCGUCGCCUUCCCCGAGACGCUCAGCCUAGCUCCCUUCACGGCGACAACUCAGAAUCGAGGAGUGGAUAUAUCGAUGGUACUGAGCGAGGCGCGUCUGCGCAGCGGGUUGUCGGCGCUGAAGACGGCGGGGGUGGAAGCGUCUGCGGGGGCGGAGCGCGCCCUGUACCGGCUGACGGCGGUCGUCGUGCACGUGGGCGGACCGAGGUCCGGCCACUUCGCUACGUAUCGCCGCGGGAACGGCUUCGAGAGCAAACGGUGGUGGUACACGUCGGACACGUUGGUGCACGAGGUGUCCCUGCAGGAGGUACUGCGGUGCUCCGCCUAUCUGCUCUUCUACGAGAGGGCGGACCCGCCCCUCAACACUCACUUCUAG